CACAAACUUUCUCUUACAUCAUAUCAUAUACCAAAAAAAAAAUGGGACAACUACACAUUGUCUUUCUUCCGGUAAUGGCACAUGGGCACACAAUCCCAACCCUAGACAUGGCAAAGCUAUUCACUUCAAGAGGUCUCAAAACCACCAUAAUCGCAACCCCGGCAUUCGCGGGCCCGAUAACGAAAGCCCAAGAAUCCGGCCACGCCAUCAACUUGAGCAUCCUCAAGUUCCCGCCAAAAGGAUCUUCAUUGCCGGACAACGUAGUCAGCCUCGACCAAAUGUCGACUCCCGAUUUGAUCCCGAAGUUCGUCGAAGCCCUAUCGUUGCUCCGAGAACCGGUCGAGAAACUCUUGCAAGAACUCAAUCCCAACUGUCUAGUUUCGGACAUGUUCUUGCCUUGGACUGCUGACUCGGCCGCCAAAUUCGGUAUCCCGAGAUUGGUCUUCCACGGAACCAACUGCUUCGCGCAAUGCGUCGCGGAGCAAAUGCAUAUCCACAAACCUUACAAGAAUGUCUCGUCGGAUGCCGAGCCGUUUUCCGUGCCUAACCUACCUCACGAGCUGACGUUCACUAGGUCACAAGUGCCGGAGUUCGAACUAUUCGAAGACGAAGAAAACGAAUUCUCGAAGCUGAGGAAGCAAAUGAGGGAAUCGGAUAAGAAGAGCUACGGCGUUAUUUUCAACAGCUUCACCGAGCUCGAAUCCGACUACGCCGAUCACUACAAGAAUGUCUUGGGCAGGAAGGCAUGGCAUAUCGGGCCCCUCUUGUUACGCAACAACGAAAACGAAGAAAAACCGGAGAGCAGGGGAAGAGAAUCCGCCAUCGACGAACACGAAUGCUUGUCGUGGCUCGAUUCGAAGAAGCCGAAUUCGGUUGUUUACGCAUGUUUCGGAAGCAUAGCUACAUUCACUCCCGCGCAAUUACACGAGACUGCAGUCGGGCUCGAGGGUUCGGGCCAAGACUUCAUUUGGGUUGUCAGAAAUGGGAAGCACGACGACGAAGAGUGGCUGCCGGAAGGGUUCGAGGAGAGAGUGAAAGGAAGAGGGCUGAUCAUAAGGGGGUGGGCCCCACAGGUGGCGAUCCUCGGUCAUCCGGCGGUCGGGGCGUUUGUGACGCACUGCGGGUGGAAUUCGACUCUGGAGGGGAUAUGCGCGGGGCUGCCGAUGGUGACGUGGCCGGUUUUCGCGGAGCAGUUUUAUAACGAGAAGCUGGUGGUGGAGGUGUUGAGGGUCGGGGUUUCGGUUGGGAAUAAGAAGUGGAUGAGAGUGGGGAGCGAGGGUGUUUCGAGAGAGGCGGUGGCGGAGGCGGUGCGGCGGGUGAUGGUGGGGGAAGAGGCGGAGGAGAUGAGGAACAGAGUGGAGGGAUAUAAGGAGAUGGCUAGAAGGGCUGUUGGAGAAGGUGGAUCUUCUUAUAAGGGUUUGAAUGAUUUGAUUCAAGAAUUGAGUGUUUAUGUUCCUCCUUCUAAAAAACAGGACACCGUUUGAUUUCUUACAGGGGUUUGAAUGAUUUUAGUGGUUUGUAUUUCGGCAUUACAAAAAUAUAUCUUUUGAUGGUUAUGAACUUUGUAUGAAAUAUGGUUUUAGCCUUUAGGCUUUUAGCCUAUUUAUUUAUCGAUAAAUUACAAUCA